UGUGGUGAUUCGAAAAAAAAAAAAAUGGUUUGUGCGUAUAAUCUUUGAAGGAAAUUUCAAUAAAAUUUUGUGAUAGUGAAAGUGAAAAUUUUUAUAAAGUAUAAUUAAUUAUCAAUAUUUGGCUAUCAAAAAAGUAUUUUAACCAUUUAAUAAAAAAGAAUAGCAAAAAAAUGGUUACAUAAAGAUUUAAAAGAAAAAUUCAAAAGUUUAAUAAAAAAAUAUAAAGACAGUGAAGAGUGUUUUAUAGAAAUUUUGGAAAUAAACCUACAAAAUUUAAUAUAAAAAAUUACAUUUGGUUAAAUUACUAUUCUAAUGGAUAUAGAGGAAGAGGAAGAAAUUACCGACGAUCGACUUCAAAUUUUUCAUAACACAGUUAGGGAGCAUAUAAUAUUUUUGCUUCUUUUAAUGCUUUUAUAUACGGCAUCAUAUGCCUUAAUAGCUAGAUUUCGUCGACGAGACAAAGAGGAUUUAUUUUCAACUGAUGACGAUGAAAUACUUGUUUAUCGCAUAAGUUUAUGGUUGUGCACAUUUUCUUUGGCAAUUGCUGUUGGGGCUGCAUUACUUUUACCAAUUUCGAUAGCCAGCAAUGAAGUUUUAUUAUUGUAUCCAAAUAGUUAUUAUGUUAAAUGGUUAAAUAGUUCAUUGAUCCAAGGUCUUUGGAAUCAUGUGUUCCUGUUCUCGAAUUUAUCACUGUUUGUAUUUCUUCCAUUUGCAUAUUUAUUUACUGAAUCUUGCGGAUUUCCUGGCCAUAGAAAAGGAAUUAUUGCCAGAGUGUAUGAAACAUUUACAGUUUUUAGUUUAUUAGCAGUUGUUGUACUUGGUCUAACAUAUAUACUGUCAGCUUUAAUUGAUCCAGAACGAAGUGGAAUUUUAAAAUUAGUUUUAAGUUUAGGGAGUGCACAUCUUCCAUUUUUAUAUUCAUGCGUAUCAUUUAUAGGUGUGCUAUUAUUACUUGUUUGUACACCCUUUGGUUUUAUUCGACUUUUUGGUGUUGUUGGACAAGUUCUUGUUAAACCUCAUCUGUUGCGUGAUGUUAAUGAAGAAUUUGCUGCAUUUAAUUUAGAAGAGGCGAGUGUUAAACGAAAAUUAGCUAAUGUAAUAGCUAACAUAGAACUUCAAAAUGUCAGCACAAGUGACGCAAAUGGAAUUCAUUCGGGUAUAAUAAAUCCAACAUUAAAAAGUUUAUAUCAGAGAAAGCCAAUUAAUGGUAAUGUGGGCAAUGAGCCAGCUCAACUUUUAGAAAGACUGAGAGAAUUAGAGUCUGAGAAGAGAGAAUUAAAUAAAUUGAAAACUUCUUCAUCAUUUCAAAGAAAUUUCGUUUAUCCAUUUGCUAUGCUAUUACUAUUAUUUUUAACAGUAAUAACCAUAUUUUUAGUUGUUGUCAAUACGUUAGAAUUACUAAUUGGUAUAAAAGCGCUGCCGUUAAGUACAAGGCAAUUUACUUUGGGUAUAACUUCCUUAUCAAAAUUGGGGCCAACAGGAGCUGCUUUAGAAGUAUUCAUAAUAUCAUAUUUGGGAGCAACUUCAUCUGUUGGUUUAUACACAAUGCCAUUCAUGAGAAUUGUAAGACCCCAGAAACAUAAAACGUCAUUAGCACAAUUAAUAUUAAAUUGUGCCAUUGUACUCAUGUUGAGUUCAGCUUUACCAUUAUUAUCCCGAAUAUUAGGAAUUACAAAUUUUGAUUUAUUGGGAGAUUUUGGAGCAAUUGAAUGGCUAGGAAAUUUUCAAAUUGUUUUGUUUUAUAAUUUAAUAUUUGGUACAACGACGGCUUUAUGUUUGGUAAAUAAAUUUACAGCAACUGUUCGACGUGAAUUAUGUGCGCGGUUAGUUGAAAAUUACUUCAUAUUUAUAAAUUACAUAUCAUUCAUCAACUAGCUAAUAUUGCAUUUCUAUAGAAAAAAAUAAUAAUAAUGUAAAUUAAAAACAAAGGACAUAAAUAGUAAAUUAUUCAUCGUCAUCAUCAUUAAUUUUCAUCAAUAAUAAUUUAAUAAAACAUUUAUUUAUAUGUGACAUUAAAAUAAAUUAACCUAAUGAAUAUUAAUAAUUAUGCGUCUAUAUAAUUUAAUAACGAAAAAUUAAAGCCAUAAGAGUGUUUCUUAUAUUAUUUUAAGCAUAUGCUGAACAAAAUAUACUUACAAAUUUAACGUGCUAGGUAUGUAAAAAAUGAAAUUAAGUAAUGUUCAUAUUCUUACAUUACUUUCUAAUGGAACCAUUGUUUUUAAAAACUUAUUAAGAUUGUUUAUUAUAACAAAAUAAUUUUUAAAAACUAAAAUUUUUAUAUAUUUUAUAGUAACUAUUAAUAUACCUACAUAAUGUAAACAAAAAUACUGUGAAAAAAAACAUAAAAAAAAUGUAAUACUUUCAAUUAUUUUAAUUAUUUUUUUUUUAAUGAGUGUAUUAUUUUUUGUGAGUGUAUUUUACAAAAAGAAUGUCUUAUUCAUAAAAAGCACAAAUUACGAUUUUUGUUCUUCAUUUUUUUGAAAUUAUUUUGUAAGUAAUGUUAGCACGAAAAUGAUGCGUUCUUUUGGACUAAUACAUUUUUAAUUUAGUUCACAAUAGUUUAUACAUCUUGAUAUACAUUUUACUUUUGUUAAAAAAUGUUUGCCGAGGAAAAGAAAUUGUCAAAUUGUUCGAAAUAUCAUGAAUUUCGUAAUAUUCGUGAUAGUAUUUUGAAAUGCGUUCUUGAAUCAUUAAAUAUGAAUAAAAAUACUUAAUUAGUUUUAUUUUUGGUGACUAUUGGAAUUGAAAUGCUGAUUAGCUGAGACAUUCUUUUGUAAAAUUUUAUAAUUUAUUGCUUUUUAUUUACUUUUCUUAUGUUGUUUUGCAUUUUUUUUUAUGAUAUUUAUUUUGUCAUUGUUUAGAACUAAAAUCAAUUAGAGUUGUAAGUUCUGAAUUGAAAUUUUGUAAAAUAGUUUUUUUUAACUAGUCCUUCUGAUAUAAGAUUAAUUUUUUUAAUAACACAUAAAAUUAGUAAGUAUAAGUCUGCGUUUUGUUUUUCAUAAUACUGUUCACAUUUGCAUAUAAAAUAAAUUAUUACUUUUAGAAAUAUUUUUUCAUAAUAUUUCGACUAAAUAAGUGAUAAAUUAUAAAAUUAAUGAUUUUUUAAAGUGAGCCAAAUAUGUAUUCUAAAAUCACUUUUAUAAGUCUACAAUUGAGUCAACAUUCUUUUCUUUUUUUUAGCAAAAAAAGUUAAUUAAAUUUAUAAUUAAUUCAUUAAACGAAUAAAUUGUAAACGAAAAAUUUUUGAAUUUCAAAGUGAAAUUUGUAAUAGAAGAAUAUAAUUAAUAUUUUACAUUUUUGUUUUAAUGUUUAAUGGUUUGAAUAGUUUUUCUUAUUUAAAAUUUAGUUAGUGUGAAUUGAAAGAAGUUGCUUAAUAUGUAUGUUUGAAGUAUUAGAAAAAGUAUGAUAAAAUCAAAAGUUGCUGAAAAAAACGCAAAUUUUAUAAAUAAAUUUUUAUGUUACAUAUUAUUCUAAAGAUGUUUAUUUUUUCUUUUACGAGAUUGGAAUUUUUAUAUUUAUUAUUAUUCCAUUAAUAAAUAUGUAUGUAAUUCUAAAAUAUUUUUGUAUUAAAAGUUCAAAAAUUGUUUAUGCACACAUAUACAGAAAGAAAGAAAGACUAAAAUUAUAAGACUUACGAAUAAUAUAAAUUAUAGGUAAAUAAAGCCAA